GAUCAACCACACCCCCCCCCUCCACCGAACCCCCUGCUUUCAUCCUCUCCGCGUCUGAAUCUUCCCGUCUUAUUGCCCAAGAUGGCGGACGCUGUUUCGAUCGAGCAGAACAACAAAAUCCGAGCAGCGCUCGGGUUGAAACCCCUUCCUGUACCAGGCGCUGACCACGACGACUCGGACUCCUCCUCCGAAGAUGAAGACCCCGCGAGCACCCUGGAGUCGCGCGAGGCGAUGGCGUCGGAAAACUGGAAGAAGAUGCAGGACGACGCCGAGGCGAAGCGCAAGCGGGAGGAGCGAAACGCCGCUAUCAAACGGGCGCGUGACCUGGCUCAGAGAGACGCAAAGCUGGAAGGGUCGACACUGGGAGAAGCGGGCGGCGCAGAGGACACCAAGGCCUGGCUGAUGCAGGCGAAGAAGCGGCAGAAGAAGAUCGAAAAGGAGCGGGCGCGCAAACUGGCCGAGGAGUUGGAAGAGCGCGAGCGUGCGGCGGAAUACUCGGCGGCAGACCUGGCGGGUAUUAAGGUCGGACAUCAGGUUGGCGACUUCGACGGUGGCGAGGAUCAUAUCCUUACACUGAAGGAUACGACUAUUGAUGAGAAUGAAGAGGAGGGCGAUGAGCUCGAGAAUCUCGAUCUCAAGGAGAGGGAGGCGGCCACAGAACGGUUGGAGUUGAAGAAGCGGAAGCCUGCCUACGAUCCUACGGAAGAGAACACCGGUAUUCUGGCGCAGUACGACGAGGAAAUUGAUGGCAAAAAGCGGAAGCGGUUCACACUCGAUGCCAAGGGGUUUACUGAGGAGGAACGGGAGGCCAAGCGACAGGAGGUCACCAAUAAGUUGAAAAUGAACAUCGUCAGUUUGGACUUUGAGGCUGAGACCCCUGCAUCGGACUACAUGGAUGUGAGCGAAGUGAAGAUCAAGAAGCCAAAGAAGAAGAAGGCCAAGGCUACCAAGCGAAGGGCGGUUCUGGAUGACGAAGAUUUAGAUCCCGCGGCCGAGUCGACGGGUACGCCAAACGCCAACGCAAUGGAUGUUGACACUAAUAACGGAGUACCGGUCUCCGCGCCCGCCCCUCGGAAGUGGGCAGGCGAGGAUAUCUCAUUUGUGGAUGACGACGAUCUCCAGGCCUCCCUCACUCGCCAGAGGCGCGCUGCCUUCAAGAAGCGGCAAAAAGUGCGUCCCGAGGACCUUGCCAGACAGCUCAGAGAAGAAGAAUCUCAGACCCCGACGGAAGUCGGCACUCCUGACGGAAACGAGGAAGAGCCCGGCCUAGUGAUCGACGAGACCUCCGAGUUUGUCUCCAACCUGCAGAAGCCAACCCUCCCCGAGCGCCGUGAGAGGCAAAUAUCAACCCCCGCCGACGAGUCGCGUGCCAAGAGUGAAGGCCAGGAUGAGCCUGAACAUGCUGGCGAUGUGGAUAUGGAGCGGACAUACAAUGAUAUUGAGGAUGACGAGGAUCUCAGGGAACGGAUCAAGCGCGACGAGGAGGCUCAAUCCCGACAGCAUAUCAGCACCACCGGGUUAGAAGAAGAGGCUACACUGGAUCAAGGUCUGGGUGCUACAUUGUCUAUGCUUAAACAGCGUGGGCUGGUGAAGGGAUCAGACGCUGCGGACAAGAACUCGUUACACCGGGAUCGUCACAACUUCCUACAGGAGAAGACUCGACUCGAGACGGAGGCCGAGAAACGCGCGCGCCAGCAGCGUGAGCGUGAUCGAGCUUCGGGCAAGCUGGACCGGAUGUCCGCGCGGGAGAGAGAAGAACACGCUCGCUGGGAGAACAAGCAGCGAGACCAGCAGGAUGCGCGCCACAUGGCGGAGGUGUUCAACCGAGAAUACAAGCCCGAUGUGCAGCUCAAGUACACGGACGAGUAUGGUCGGGCGAUGAACCAGAAGGAAGCCUUCAAGCAUCUCAGUCACCAGUUCCACGGCAAGGGCAGUGGAAAGAUGAAGACGGAGAAGCGGCUGAAGAAGAUGGAGGAAGAGAAGAAGCGCGAGGCCAUGAGUGCCUUGGACAGCAGUCAGCACACGGGCAUGAACAACGCCAUGGGGGCGACUGCCCGCAAGAACCGCCAGGCGGGCGUGCGACUGGGCUGAGAGUAACACUUCUUUUCUUCUCUCUCAGACUGCCAGACUAGGCUUACGUUACGUUACGUUGUACAGAUUAUUAUACCACACAAGAACUCGCAUACAUAGUAUCAUAUCUCUCAAAUAUCUCUCAUCACU